UUAUCGCGUUUGCAUCUACAACUAUUUCAAUAAAAUCGAUCAUUAAAGAAUGCAUUUAAAUCACAUCCUAAUUAUAAAUUUACUUUUAUUACUAAGUGAAUAUACUCAAUCAAUGGGAUCUAAUGUUUCGGUUAAUAAAAACAUAACCCAUCAAGAGCAAAAAUUAAAUAUGGACAAAGAAAUUCGUAAUUGUUCCUAUGAAGACACUAUUGAAAUUUCCGAUAAUACAUUUUUUCCAAAUGGCUCGUAUAUAUACAAGAAUCAAACAAUUAUACCAUCGAAUCUUAUAGGAAAUUAUGAUUAUAUAAUUUUAUAUGAUGGUACUAAACGUACUGUGCCACAAUAUAAACGGGCGUGUAUUUGUCGCCUAAUACCAUGUAUCAGUUUCUGUUCCCAUGCCAUUCCAGAAAUCUACAACUAUUUGAUAAAAGAUGCCAAAGAUAUGAGAACAGAUAAACAUAACUUUUCUAUUGAGGUGACAUUUAGAAAUCGGACGGUUGUAAAGAAAAAUAUUGUCGAAGAUUUUGAACCAUUUGUAAAGGAAGAUUUUUGUGAAGAAUCUUACAAUAUGAUAAAAGAGGUGGAUACCCAAGCGGGUUGGACUUUGUUCGAGAAUGGAUCUUUAUUAGUAAACAGUAGUCAUAAGAUCUUAAAUAGAACAGAUUAUUGUUUUGAUUUUCAUAAAAUGGUCUUUGGAGAAGACACAUAUAAGGUGAUCAUUCCCAGAUUCUGUCAAAAAAAGGAUGCCAGAGAUUUCCUAGAAAAGUUAUAUUACUGGACUCAAGUUUUCUCAUUAGUAUUUUUACUUGUAACGGUGGCCGUUUAUUGUUAUAUACCCGAGCUGCGUAACACUUUACAUGGUAAAUGUUUUAUGACCUAUGCUGGUAGUUUAGCAUUGUUUUUAGCUAUUUAUAGCUUUAUAAAUCUCUCGAAAAUAAUGAUUAGUUUUGGACCCUGUUUACUAAUUGCUUAUUUCAAUUAUUACCUGCAACUAUUCCAUUAUACUUGGAUGUCUAUACUCUGCUAUGAUAUCUGGCGAAAUUUAAAUAAUUUGGAAUAUAAAUCUUCUUAUUUUAAAUAUGCCAGUUGUGGUUAUACGUUACCCUUAAUCGUUGUACUUUUAGGUUUUGCAUUACAAAAUCCAAAUAUAUAUGAAGUUAUUACAAAUGACAAAUGUAAUCUGUAUGCUCAUACAUGGUCUGAUGUUGUAUACCUUUAUGGUCCAUGUCUCAUUAUCAUAAUAGUUUCCUUAAUAUUCAUUAUUUCAACCUUAAGAUUGUUGAAAAUGAAAUAUAAUGAAAUAUAUGAAAAGCUCAGCUUGAAAGAUUCUCCCGAAAGUUCUUACAAUCCCUAUUUGCUUCUAUUCUAUAUGAUGGUAUUUUGCUGGUUUUUAGACAAUUUAUCGGAUGUGUUUUAUAUUUCUAAUCUAAAGAUCUCAUCUGUUAUUAUUGAUUGCAUUAAAUCACUACAAGGAGUUUGUAUAUUUAUUAUUUUUAUUGGACGGCAAAAAAUUUAUAAUAUGAUUAAACAUACAUAUUAUGAAAAUUGAAGCAGGUCUGAAACCCUAAGGUUCACAAUGGAAUAUCAGCAGUAUUAAUAUAUAUUUAUUUAUUUUAAAUACAUACAAUUUGCAUAAUUAAAAAUUA